GGACAGGGCACACCGGGACCCGAGGGAGAAGCGGGAGCUCCCUCAGGGGAUGUUUAGGUGAGCAGUGGCUAUGGAUUUGGACAGCAUGUUCUCGGGCUCUUCUCUGCAGAGCCUCGCCAAACUGCUGCGUGAUGCUCCAGAGGAGGAUGAUGAUGGUGAUGAUGAUGAUGUGCCACGCUGUUCUCUUGGUGCCAUGACUCCUGGGAGUGUUGGACCAGUCAAGAAGGAGACCACCAGUACUUCUCAAGUGAAAUCUGAAAACAAGAAAACCAUUUGGAAUACAGAGGAGGUCCCAGAAGGAUCUGAAUUUGAUGAUACAUGGGACCCUAGAGAAAAGCCAGAGUAUGAGAUUUCCUUCAAGCAGCACGUGGGAACAGAGGAUGUCUUCUUUGGGAUGACUGGGAAAGACCCCUCCACUGCCUGCUGUGAAGAUAUAGUGAUUAAAAUCAAGCUGCCAGAGACAAAGUACUCAGACAUCGCAUUAGACAUCCAGGACAAGGUUCUUGACCUUCGAACUCCCAAAAACAAGCUGCUGCUGCACCUCCCCUACCCUGUGAACAGCAAGGAGGGCAGAGCUCGUUUUCUCUCUGAGGAGGAGAUCUUGGAAGUCACCUUGAGACUAUCAAGGAAGUUGGAUUUCAUCAAUUUUUCUGAUGGGUAGAAAGAUACAGAAAGUUUGCAAAAACUAAAUGUUCUAGUUUGAAGGCUUUUGGAAACCCAACUUGUUCUGAAAUAGUAAAUGGCUUCCCUUGAGCAGUCCAGGGGAAAGUCUCUGGAGAAAUGAGUCAGGAGGAGCACAGCACCCACAGGUUCUAGCAGCUGAUGCUGUCUGACCCUUCAACUGCUCUGGUUCACUUUCUGCUUCCUGCAGUCU